AUGACGAAAACUGUGAGCACAAAUUUCGGAGAACCACUGAGUAUUGAAUCCAAAAAACUGGUAGAUGAAGUACGUCUGAAAAUUAAGCACGCAAUACAUUCUAAUUUUGACAAUGACUUUAACAUUUAUCGUUUCGUGUUAGCUUGUGAAAGAAUACUGAAGAAAAAGAAAGAUGUUGUGGUUACUGCUGCCAAAGCCCUCAACAAUCAUUUGCGCAUUCGAAAGGCAUUUAAUUUGGAUAAUCUGCCAGAUCUUCCAUUUCCCGAAAAUCCCAUAUAUUCUCUCAAAUUGUUUCCGAUGGGAAGUAUUUUGAAUGUAACAGAUAAUUACAAUAGAUUGUUAUGGUAUGUGGAGUAUAAGACAGUCAAUGUUGAGGCUAUGGCUCAUACACUGCGCAGUUCGGAAUCUAUACGCUUACAAUUUCGUCAAUUCGAACAUAUGCUCAAAAGAGUCAAUCAACAAGAAAAGAAAACAGGCCGAUUAAGUGGUCUAAGACAUAUCAUUGAUCUGAAUGGCUAUGAAAUUAAUCCGUUCACUAUGAUCUUCGCUACGAAUGGCAAUUUAGCUUAUUUCUCUCAGCUGCUUCAUUUUGACAAUUAUCCUGAACUAGUAAGCCCGGUGGAGAUGGUAAAUAUCUCGAAAUGGAUUCAUGUACCUUACAAAAUUGCACGAACAAUGAUGCCUGAUAGCUUCAUAGAACGUUUCCGAUUACACGAUGAACAUUUCUUGUCUAAUUUACUAAAAGAGAUUAAAAUUGAAGAUAUUCCCGUAACUUUAGGAGGCAAAAAUGAGGAAAUUCAAUGUCAACCAGCAGCACAAGAACAAUGUGUCAGGUCGAGAAGCCUCGAGUCACCAAGCAAUUUGGAAACAAUUACAAUUUCACCAGGAAAACGACAUCAAAUUUAUGUGGAUGUAAAAGAGAUAGGAUACAGACUACAGUGGUAUUUUACUACGGAUAAUGAUAUCAAUUUCGGCAUUUUUUACGAGCCUCCACACCAAAUCCCACCAUCAAACGGAGCGAUAAGUGGUAUGCGACAAGAGAAAGAUAUUGACACUGAUAAACUAGAAAUGAUUUACCCAUGGCUCAGAUUGAGCGCGAGACUAGUACCUGAAGCGGAUUCAAUAGAAUGCAUAACACCAGGUCGUUACUGGAUAAUUAUUUGUAAUAAAUCAUCUUGGAUGCGUCGAAAAACAGUGAACCUAAUUAUUCAGCUAGUGUACAAGGAUAGUAGCUAUGCCAAACGGUGUCACAGCGAUGGAACAUUUGGCAGCUGUUCAGAACCAUUCGUCACUGAUCGUUUGUUAUAA